AUGACGCCUCAGCCCACGUGUGCGCAAGAUUUAAAAGCGGCCGCGGCGUCCCCGCUCCUGCUGCUGCUGCUCGCCUGCUGCGCGGGCGCCUGCCGAGGUUUUCCAAUGUUACCUCAAGGAUUACAGCCCGAACAAGAACUACAGUUGUGGAAUGAGAUAGAUGAUGCUUGUUCCUCUUUUCUGUACAUUGAUUCCCAGCCUCAGGCAUCCAGUGCACUGGAGGAGCUGUGCUUUGCAAUUAUGAGGAUUCUACCAAAGCCUCAGGAACAAGAUGAAAAAGAUAAUACCAAAAGGUUCUUAUUUCAUUAUUCGAAGACACAGAAGUUGGGCAAUUCAAAUGUUGUGUCGUCGGUCGUGCAUCCGUUGCUGCAGCUCAUUCCUCAACUGCAGGAGAGAAGAAUGAAGAGGUUCAGAGUUCACGAAAAAUUUCAAAGUCCUUUUGCAAGUCAAGGUCGAAGCUUCUUUUUAUUCAGGCCACGCAAUGGAAAAAGGUCAGCCAGUUUCAUUAAAAUGGAUGCCAGCUGAUUUUCCACCAAAGCAAGUGCUACGGAAUACAAAAUCUAUUGACAUUUUUUCUUCUCAAAAACAAUCCUUGCUAAGUUUAUUCUGUAGAAAAUUUCUGUAUUGUAAACAUUCUCAGUAAAAGUUGGGUGAGACUAAAUGCUUAAUUUGUUGAAAAUUUUCAAAAAGCAUCUUAAAGUAUUUUUUUCUUAGUGUUGUAAUGAUAAAUGGUGUAUAAAAAAGCUAUCAAUAAUUAUGUUCCUUAAAUCCCUGUAGCUUUUGAUAGUACUGGCAGACAUGCUUUUUUGAUAUUUUUAUUAAAGGCACUCAGAGGGAGUUGAAUUUUAA